CCUCCUCCCUCCGCCGCGCCGCUCAGCCGCAGCCCCCGGACCCGGAGGAUUAUGAACGAACCAUGAGGCGGCUGCGGUGCUGGGCGUUCGCGGCGCUGCUGCUACUGCUGCCCUCGCCCGGUCUUGGGGCCCCAGGUCUCAGCGGAGCUCUGCGCUGGAGGAGCUCAGCCCAAAUGGGGAACCCGGAGGGCCCCGAGGUCACAGAACCCAGCCGUCUGGUAGGGAAGAGCUCCGGGGGCGAGGUCCUAAAACAGCAGCUGGACACUAGGGUCCGCCAGGAGCCUCCAGGGGGUCCGCCUGUGCACCUGGCCCAGGUGAGUUUCGUCAUUCCAGCCUUCAACUCGAACUUCACACUGGAUCUGGAGCUGAACCAUCACCUCCUCUCCUCAAAGUACGUGGAGCGCCACUUCAGCCGGGAAGGGCCAACCCAGCACAGUACCGGGGCCGGGGACCACUGCUACUACCAUGGGAAACUUCGGGGCAACCCACACUCCUUUGCCGCGCUCUCCACUUGCGAGGGGCUGCAUGGAGUUUUCUCUGAUGGGAACCUGACUUACAUCGUGGAGCCCCAGGAGAUGGCUGGACCUUGGGGAGUCCCCCAGGGACCCCUUCCCCACCUCAUUUACCGGACCCCUCUCCUCCCAGUCCCCUUCGGAUGCCGGGAGCCAGGUUGCUUGUUUGCAGCUCCUGCCCAGUCUUCCUCUCCCACCAGGCCAAGGCUGAGAAGGAAAAGGCAGGUCCGCAGAGGCCACCCCACAGUGCACAGUGAGACCAAGUAUGUGGAGCUGAUUGUGAUCAAUGACCACCAGCUGUUCGAGCAGAUGCGACAGUCUGUGGUCCUUACCAGCAACUUUGCCAAGUCUGUGGUGAACCUGGCAGAUGUGAUAUACAAGGAGCAGCUCAACACCCGCAUUGUGCUGGUUGCCAUGGAAACAUGGGCAGAUGGGGACAAGAUCCAGGUGCAGGAUGACCUCCUGGAGACCCUAGCCCGGCUCAUGGUCUACCGGCGGGAGGGUCUGCCUGAGCCCAGUGACGCCACCCACCUCUUCUCGGGCAGGACAUUCCAGAGCUCCAGCAGUGGGGCAGCCUAUGUGGGGGGCAUCUGCUCCUCAUCUCGGGGUGGGGGUGUGAAUGAGUACGGCAACAUGGGUGCGAUGGCAGUGACCCUGGCCCAGACACUGGGACAGAAUCUGGGCAUGAUGUGGAACAAACACCGCAGCUCAGCAGGGGACUGCAAGUGUCCAGACAUCUGGCUAGGCUGCAUCAUGGAGGACACUGGGUUCUACCUGCCUCGCAAGUUCUCGCGCUGCAGCAUCGACGAGUACAACCAGUUUCUGCAGGAGGGCGGCGGGAGCUGCCUUUUCAACAAGCCCCUUAAGCUCCUGGAUCCCCCAGAAUGCGGGAACGGCUUCGUGGAGGCGGGGGAGGAGUGCGACUGCGGCUCGGUGCAGGAGUGCAGCCGCGCGGGCGGCAACUGCUGCAAGAAAUGCACCCUGACUCACGACGCCAUGUGCAGCGACGGGCUCUGCUGUCGCCGCUGCAAGUACGAGCCUCGAGGUGUCUCCUGCAGAGAAGCGGUGAAUGAAUGCGACAUCGCAGAAACCUGCACCGGGGACUCAAGCCAGUGUCCCCCUAACCUACACAAGCUGGAUGGGUACUACUGUGAUCAUGAGCAGGGUCGCUGCUAUGGAGGUCGCUGCAAAACCCGGGACCGACAGUGCCAGGCCCUCUGGGGCCACGUGGCUGCUGAUCGUUUCUGCUAUGAGAAGCUUAACGUGGAGGGGACGGAGCGUGGAAACUGUGGGCGCAAGGGGUCCAGCUGGGUCCAGUGCAAUAAACAGGACGUGCUCUGUGGUUUCCUCCUCUGUGUCAACAUCUCUGGAGCUCCUCGGCUGGGUGACCUGGGGGGAGACAUCAGCAGUGUCACCUUCUACCACCAGGGCAAGGAGCUGGACUGCAGGGGAGGCCAUGUACAGCUGGCCGAUGGCUCGGACCUGAGCUAUGUGGAGGAUGGCACAGCCUGCGGGCCCAACAUGCUGUGCCUGGACCACCGCUGCCUGCCAGCCUCGGCGUUCAACUUCAGCACCUGUCCAGGCAGCGGGGAACGCCGGAUAUGCUCCCACCAUGGGGUGUGCAGCAACGAAGGGAAGUGCAUCUGUCAGCCCGACUGGACAGGCAAAGACUGCAGUAUCCACAACCCCCUGCCCACAUCCCCGCCCACCGGGGAGACCGAGCGAUACAAAGGUCCCAGCGGUACCAACAUCAUCAUUGGCUCUAUCGCUGGAGCUGUCCUGGUCGCGGCCAUCGUCCUGGGCGGCACGGGCUGGGGAUUUAAAAACAUCCGCAGAGGAAGGUCCGGAGGGGCCUAAGUGCCACCCUGCUCCCUCCGAGCCUGGCACUCACCGUCUCAGCCCUGAACUACGAGGCUGCCCCCCACCCCGCCACGGAGGGAGGCGCCGUGCAAAUGUCUUCCAGAUCCAAACCCAUCAACUCCUGGCUGCACAGGGGUUGCGGGCAGGGGCUGUGGCCCUGCCCUUCAGGCCACCUGGGUGGAUCUGCCUGGAGGGCAUUGCCUUCCUGGUCCCCGCUCCACCUCUCGCAGCUUUGGCCUUGCACGCCGUCUCCCGUGUGAACGGAGCUUCCUCAUUACAGACUGCUGCAGCUCAAGGGGUGCCCGGUGGGGUGGGGUGGGGUGGGGGGCAGGCAGCCACCAGCGGACACGGCCAGGUGGUCCCUAAUCGAAACCAGGCAUAUGGGACCAGGGUCAUAGUUCUCUGGGACCUAGAAGGAAGGGGCUGACAUCAUCUUUUUUUUUUUUAAUCUUAACUGAUGAAUGUAACCUUGGGGGUGCUGAGGCCAGGGCAGUUGUAGGACAUUUUGGACACUUCCAGGAGAGUCUUGGAGGUCCUGAGGCCUUGUGACCUCCCCAGGAGGCUCACACCAGGAAUCCUGUCACUGAACCCAGGCAGGGACUGGGCAUCCCUGCUUGCCCUGCCGCACCCACCUUGGAAGAAGUACGUGUGCUGAUUCAAACCAGAGCUGCCUGUCCUGUACCCACAGCCUAGCCUGUGGGCACAGAGACACCAUGUCCCAGACAAGUGACCUCCUGUCCCUGCCAGGCAUAUAUAUUUGGGGGUCUAGAAAAAGUAGUCCCUGAAGUAAAAUGGCACCUUCCCACCCUUUCAAGAAGGGUGACUCUGGGGCUGUCUCAGGGUUCAGGUGCCCCCUGGUAUGACCUGGCAAUUCUAGGACAGCCCAUCUUCCCAGGAAGACUUUUAGGUAGGGAGGGCCAGAGGUGGCCCAGUGCCCCCAGGGUCAGUGCCUGUGAUAUAAUAGAAAGUCAGGAAAGGACAGGUCUCAUGGAUGAUCCUAGGUGUGUAGAAGUCUUCAAGGCCCCAUCAACCCCCAACUCCAGGGCUGAGAAGUAACUUCACAGAUGUUCCCCCAUCUGUCCUCUGUUCCCUGCUGUGGCCUAGCCUGGGGAGCCAGGUCAAGCCUCCCACACAGCCCGGCCAUGGCGUUCAUUCAUGACUUGUGUGGGAUUGAGGCACUCUGGCUCCAUGCUCCAAAAGCCAGCUAUCAGGCCAUGAUAGGGACAUUCUCUACCUUAUGGAUGAAAGCCACAAAUGAAUCGAGCCCUCCUCCCUGAGGUACCUCACUCAGGCUCCACAGGAGUUUCUGAACAUCCUAGUUUGAGUCCUGUUUCUGGGGCAUCUUUGAGGAGGGAUCGUGGAGAAAAAUGGCUCUGUUUAUCUGAACCUCCCCAGUGACAAGCUGGGGCUUAGGACCCAUUGACAGCCUUUGGGAUGGCUGCAGAGCGUCAGCUACAAGGGGGUCCUCAGCACUGAGCUCCAGCUGGGACUGCCCUCGUGACAGAGCUGAGUGGGUGUCCCUAAGGCCGGCCCUUCUAGUGGAAGCAGAGCAGAAGGACAUGGUCCGGCACUGUUGCUGGAACACCUUGACGCUUCGAUCACUGGGCGGUACAAGUACACACAGCGGCAGUGCACCUGGACACAGACACGUGGGUCCACACCUCUGCACGGUCGUGAGUGCCUCUGCGCACAUGGGCAUGUCUGCAUGGGUCCGCGUGUCUCUGGAAGGGAUGUGGGGAACACGAGACUCCCUGUGACCAGUCCACCCUGGUUCCCAGCUGUCUGCAUCCUCCUGCCCCACCCUGGCAGUCUUCAGGGAGGAGUCGGGGCUGCACUUGCCUGGCCAGGACCCUAGGUCCCUCAGUAUCCUGUACAUACGUCAUCUGGGCUAGGGGUGGGGAGGCAGGGCCAGGAGCCCAUAUUAAAGAUUAAAGAUCACAUCCUGGGCUUCCACAGAGCUCACACCAA